AUGCUGGCCGCCUCUUUGCCGUCAACGUUGGAGGGCUUCGUGCGGGCGGAGUUUGAGGAUACCUGUUGCCGCCGAUUCUUCUACGGCCUCGCGUUUGAUCCCUAUGGCGGAACGGCCGGGCUUUACGACUUGGGUCCGGUGAUGUGUGCGAUGAAAAGCAACAUGCUCGCGUACUGGCGUCAACACUUCGUGAUGGAGGAGGGGAUGUGCGAGAUCGAUCCUACUUGCCUGACGCCGGAGCAGGUGUUUAAAGCCUCCGGGCACGUUGUGCGUUUCAAUGACGUGAUGGUGCGGGAUACCGUUACCGGGGAGUGCAUUCGCGCGGAUAAGUUUUUGGAGGAGUGGAGCGAAACGCAGCUCGCGGAUCCGCAAAUCACCCCGGAGCGAAAAGAGGCGAUGCUACACCUCCUCCACGACGCCGCCGGGUUAAACCCCGAUGGGAUUAAGGCGGUGCUCAACACGCACGCGAUUAAAUCCCCAAAAGGCAACCCGCUGAGUGAUCCUUUUCCGUUCAAUUUGAUGUUCUCGACCUUAAUCGGGCCGGAAGGGGAUCGGGUGGGGUAUCUACGCCCGGAGCUCGCCCAAGGGAUUAUCCUGAACUUCAAGCGUCUGAUGGAUUCCGGCAACGCGCAGCGGAUGCCGUUCGCCGGGUGUGCGGUGGGGACGGCGUUUCGGAACGAAAUCGCCCCGCGCGCGGCGUUGAUUCGGGUGCGGGAGUUCACCCUCGCGGAGAUUGAGCAUUUCGUGAAUCCGAAUGACAAAUCGCACGCGAAGUUCGAUCGGGUGCGUGGGGUGACGAUCUGGGCGUGGCCGCGUGAGCGGCAGGCGGGCAAUGAGGAACCCAUUCGCCUCACGAUCGGCGACGCCGUGGCGGCGAAGGUGGUGGAUAAUGAAACGCUCGGGUAUUUCAUCGCCCGCGUGGCGCUUUUUCUCGACGCCGUGGGGGUUCGAUACUACCGGUUUCGUCAACAUCAAAGCAGUGAGAUGGCGCACUACGCACAGGAUUGCUGGGAUGCGGAGCUGUUGACGUCGUAUGGGUGGGUGGAGUGCGUGGGGAUCGCGGAUCGCUCCGCGUAUGACCUCACACAACACAGCCACGCGAGCAAACGAACCCUCAACGCGCGUGAGGAGUACGACGAGCCCCGGAUGGAGCGUCGUCUGCUACGGAAGCCCGUGAAGGGGUUGAUCGGGAAAACCUUCGGCAAGCAAGCCGGGGAGGUGAUAGAGUACCUCAACACCGCCUCCGAUGAGGCGUGUAUCGCGAUGAAGGAACACCAUCGCGCCGGGAAAAACGUCGAGGUCGAGUUGUCUUCUGGAAAAGUCGAGAUCACCCCGGCGAUGGUGGAGUUUGAGGCGCAAGACGUCAAGGUGACGGGGUACGCCUUCACCCCGAGCGUCAUCGAGCCGUCGUUCGGGAUUGGUCGGAUUCUGUAUUGCCUGCUCGAGCAAAGCUAUUGGGUUCGUCGGGAUGACAACGAGAAGAACGAAAAGCGGGCGGUUUUCAGCCUGACGCCGCUGCUCGCGCCGCAUAAGGUGGCGUUGCUGCCGCUGAUGGUGAAGCCAGAGCUGAUGGAGACGAUCGGGGAGUUGCGGGAGGCGUUAAUCCUGCACGGCGUCUCCGCCCGCGUGGAUGAUAGCGGGGUGAGGAUCGGGAAAAAAUACGCCCGGAUGGACGAGCUCGGGAUUCCCUUCGCGAUUACGGUGGAUUUAGAGAAGGACGGCGCGGUGACGCUGCGCGAGCGCGAUUCCGCCUCCCAGGUGCGCAUCCCGAAAUCGAAAGUCUGCGAGGUGAUGAGUGAACUCUGCCAUACGCUGCGGCCGCGGAGCUGGGCGAGCGUGCAGGCGGAGUUCCCCGCCCAGGCCGCCCCGGCGGAGAAGUGA